UUGAAUAUCGUCAUGAAAAAUUAUAUUUUGACGGCUUGCUCAGAAGCAGCAAAAUGAAAUUUAGAUUAUAUUUUUCUCAAAAUUUUAUGUAAUCAAGACAAAAAUAUUUUUUUUUUUUUUUGUGUUAAAACCACUUGUUUUUCAUUUUUUGGCAACAACAAUCUUUUUUUCUCGCGUAAAAUUGUGUUUGUAAAAUUGAAAAAAAAGAAGAGAAAAAAAAUUUACAUCAAAAAUGUUUAGCAUCCUUGAGACAAGUCUUAAUAAAUGGAGGAACACAAAAAAAAAUUUGUGUGGUUUUGGAAAUAGAUCACUCGCCGCACUACGUGAACCAUUUCAACCAUCAAAAAGAUGUCCACGAUGGGUUUGCAUUGAAGAUGCGAUAAAAAUCGUCAAUUCAGAACAACUUGUCUACAUACAAGGAGGAUCGGCAACACCUUUUGAAUUAAUUCGAGGAUUAACGGAGCAUGGAGUUUGUAAUAAUCUUCGUGGAGUUCGUUUGGUUCAUAUGGGUCUCGAGGGUGACGCACCUUUCGUUCAUCCGGAAUUUGAGAAACACUUUAGAUCCGUUAGUUUGUACAUUGGUUCAAAUUUGAGAGAAGCUGUAAACGAGGGAAGAGCGGAUUAUAUUCCAAUAUUUCAUCAUGAAACACCGAAAAUAUUUUGCGAGGGUGAUAUAAUUCCCGAUGUUGCUCUCAUACAAGUUAGUCCUCCAGAUCCACGUGGAUUUUGUUCAUUGGGAACAAGCGUUGAUUGCACAAGAUCUGUUUUAACAACUGCAAAAGUUAUCAUUGCACAAGUGAAUGAGCACAUGCCAAGAAGUUUCGGCGAUUCGGUAAUUCAUUCAAGUCACAUUGAUUGGGCAGUUAAACACGAUUGUCCAUUGCCAUGCGUUCAUCCUGGUGAGCCGCCAAAUGAAAUUGAAAUUGAAAUUGGCAAAAAAAUAGCUCAAGUUUUAAUUGAAGAUGGCUCAACAAUUCAAAUGGGAAUUGGAAAUAUUCCCGAAGCAGUAUCAUGUCAUUUGAGUUAUCAUAAAGAUCUUGGUAUUCAUAGUGAAAUAUUGGGCGAUGGAAUGGUUGAUUUAGUUGAAAAAGGCGCGAUCACUAAUCAAUUAAAAACAAAACAUCGCGGUCGAAUGAUUGGAUCAUUUGCCAUUGGCACAAAGAAAGUUUACGAUUUCAUACACAAUAAUCCCUUCGUCGAAAUAUUGACAAUCAGUUAUGUGAAUGAUCCAAGGGUAAUUUCAUCGCAACCAAAAAUGGUUUCUAUUAAUGGUUGCAUUGAAAUGGACAUCACGGGUCAAGUUUCGCAGGAUAGUUUGGGUUGCAAGAUGUAUUCUGGAUUUGGAGGACAACUUGACUUUAUUCGAGGCGCUGCUAUGGCUCAAGAUGGAAAAGGAAAAGCCAUCAUUGCUUUUCCAUCCACCACAAGCACUGGCGAAAGCAAAAUUCAACCCAUUCUCAAGAAAGGCAGCGGUGUCGUUUCAACAAGAGCGCACACUCAUUAUGUAGUCACUGAGCAUGGAAUUGCAAAUCUUUUUGGAAAAACAUUACGACAAAGAGCAAAUGCUUUAAUACAAAUUGCACAUCCCGAUCAUAGAGAAUGUUUGGAAAAAGCUGCUUUCGAAAGACUCAAGUGCAUGCCUACAAAAUAUUUGUAAAUUUUAUACUUUUCGUCCGUCAUAUAUAUAUAUAUAUUAACACUCAAUAAUUAACACCCAUUCAUUUGUUUUUCCCCUUUUAUAUAUUAAAAAAAAAAUGAGAAAAUAUUUCCCUAAAUUCAUAAAUAUUUUUUAUAAUAAAAAUUUUACCUUUUGUCAUAGAAAAACAAAAUUGUUGUUUUUUAAAUAAUCAAAAUUUUAUUUUUAUUUACAAUUCACCACGACAAUUACGUAAUUUGUUUUGGUUAUAAUUUUUUUUUCAUUUUAAUAUAUGAAAAUUUGACUUUUAAAAAAAAGAAGCCUUAAAAAUUAUUUAAUGUCACAAUAUUAAAAAAAAAUGUCUUUAAGAGAAAUUAAAUUUUAUAUAUUUUUUAAAUAUUCGAUUUAAAAAAAAAAUUGUCCAAAUUGUCAUUUUUCUAUAUUUUCAUAAUUUAUUUGUCUUUGGACUGUGUUUGCGUUCAAUUAAGGGCAUGUCGAAUUUUAAAAUUUCACCUAUAAAAAAAAAAAAAUAAAACGUCGACAAGC